AUGGGGUCGGCCGACUCCAAGCUGAACUUCCGAAAGGCGGUGAUCCAGCUCACCACCAAGACGCAGCCCGUGGAAGCCACUGAUGAUGCCUUUUGGGACCAGUUCUGGGCGGACACGGCCACCUCGGUGCAGGAUGUCUUUGCACUGGUGCCGGCAGCGGAGAUCCGGGCAGUGCGAGAGGAGUCGCCCUCCAACCUGGCCACUCUGUGCUACAAGGCUGUGGAGAAGCUGGUGCAGGGAGCCGAGAGCGGCUGCCAUUCGGAGAAGGAGAAGCAGAUUGUCCUGAACUGCAGCCGGCUGCUCACCCGCGUGCUGCCCUACAUCUUUGAGGACCCUGACUGGAGGGGCUUCUUCUGGUCCACAGUGCCCGGGGCCGGGCGAGGAGCGCAGGGAGAGGACGAUGACGAGAACGCCCGGCCCCUGGCCGAGUCCCUGCUCCUGGCCAUCGCUGACCUGCUCUUCUGCCCAGAUUUCACCGUCCAGAGCCACCGGAGGAGCACCGUGGACUCGGCGGAGGACAUCCACUCUCUGGACAGCUGUGAAUACAUCUGGGAGGCUGGUGUGGGCUUUGCUCACUCCCCCCAGCCCAACUACAACCACGACAUGAAUCGGAUGGAGCUGCUGAAACUGCUGCUGACGUGCUUUUCUGAGGCCAUGUACCUGCCCCCAGCUCCAGACAGCAGCAGCAUCAAUCCAUGGGUGCAGUUUUUUUGUUCCACAGAGAACAGACACGCCCUGCCCCUCUUCACCUCCCUCCUCAACACCGUGUGUGCCUAUGACCCUGUGGGCUACGGGAUCCCCUACAACCACCUGCUCUUCUCUGACUACCGGGAACCCCUGGUGGAGGAAGCUGCUCAAGUGCUCAUUGUCACCUUGGACCAUGACGGUGCCACCCCCACCGUGGACGGUACCACCACAGGCACAGCCAUGGAUGAUGCUGAUCCUCCAGGGCCUGAGAACCUGUUUGUGAACUACCUGUCCCGCAUCCAUCGCGAGGAGGACUUCCAGUUCAUCCUCAAGGGCAUAGCCCGGCUGCUCUCCAACCCCCUGCUCCAGACCUAUCUGCCCAACUCCACCAAGAAGAUCCAGUUCCACCAGGAGUUGCUGGUCCUCUUCUGGAAGCUCUGCGACUUCAACAAGAAAUUCCUCUUCUUUGUGCUGAAAAGCAGUGACGUGCUGGAUAUCCUGGUGCCCAUCCUCUACUUCCUCAACGAUGCCCGAGCAGAUCAGUCUCGGGUGGGCCUGAUGCACAUCGGCGUCUUCAUCCUGCUGCUUCUGAGCGGCGAACGGAACUUCGGGGUGCGGCUGAACAAGCCCUACUCAGUGCGCGUGCCCAUGGACAUCCCGGUCUUCACCGGCACCCACGCCGACCUGCUCAUUGUGGUUUUCCACAAGAUCAUCACCAGCGGGCACCAGCGGCUGCAGCCCCUCUUCGAUUGUCUGCUCACCAUCGUCGUCAACGUGUCCCCCUACCUCAAGAGCCUGUCCAUGGUGGCCGCCAACAAGCUGCUGCACCUGCUGGAGGCCUUCUCCACCACCUGGUUCCUCUUCUCUGCCGCCCAGAACCACCACCUGGUCUUCUUCCUCCUGGAGGUCUUCAACAACAUCAUCCAGUACCAGUUUGAUGGCAACUCCAACCUGGUCUAUGCCAUCAUCCGAAAGCGCAGCGUCUUCCACCAGCUGGCCAACCUGCCCACUGACCCGCCCACCAUCCACAAGGCGCUGCAGCGGCGCCGCCGGGUGCCCGAGGCCUUGUCCCGCACCAGCUCACAGGAGGGUGUCUCCAUGGAGGGCUCCCACCCCGCUGCCCCCGCCGAGCCGGGCACCCUCAAGGCCAGCCUGGUGGCUACCCCAGGCAUUGAGAAGCUGACGGAGAAGUCCCAGGUGUCAGAGGAUGGCACCUUGCGAUCCCUGGAGCCUGCACCCCAGCAGAACUCGGCAGAGGGCAGCCCAGCCUCGGAGGAGCCCAGCCAGGCGUGGCGGGAGCAGCGGCGACUGUCCAGCGCAUCAACCAGUGGGCAGUGGAGCCCAACGUCGGAGUGGGUCCUCUCCUGGAAGUCGAAGCUGCCGCUGCAAACCAUCAUGAGGCUGCUCCAGGUGCUGGUUCCCCAGGUGGAGAAGAUCUGCAUUGACAAGGGCCUGACGGACGAGUCUGAGAUCCUGCGGUUCCUGCAACACGGCACCCUGGUGGGGCUGCUGCCCGUGCCCCACCCCAUCCUCAUCCGCAAGUACCAGGCCAACUCGGGCACGGCCAUGUGGUUCCGCACCUACAUGUGGGGCGUCAUCUAUCUGAGGAACGUGGACCCACCUGUCUGGUACGACACAGACGUGAAGCUGUUUGAGAUCCAGCGGGUGUGA